AUGUCGAUACGAUCACGGAGCUCAGCAGAGCGUCUAGAGCAAUACAUCAACAACCUAUCAAUUAAGGAGAACUUUUUACACGAACGCAAGGGCUCUUCUAGUUCGUCACACGACCCUAGAAUCUACAAUACUGACUCACGACCAAAUGCAAAUCCAAACAAUAGCACCAGCACCUGCACUGGUACAGGAUCUGGAACUGGAACUGGAACUGGUUCAGGAACUGGAACUGGAACUGGUUCAGGAACUGGUACUGGUAUAACUAUCCCCAUAUCAAGUCUAAAUAUUAGAGACAGAGAACGCACACGAUCGCGAUCCAAGUCUCGCUCGUAUUCACAGUCACAAUCUCAACCACAGAAAUUGCUUUUCCUGCGGCCAAUAUUUAACAUCAAUGAGUCUGUUAAUGAUGAGGACGUUCUUGAAUUAGAAGAUGGCUUUAGUGCAGAGCAUUUUCGAGACCACCCCGAGCCGCAACUACUAGCUAGUUCAAUAGGUAAAGAUCAUAAUGGCAAACUCAUUCCGUCAUCAUCCACUAUUUCAUUAUUAUCUCUUGAUCUGAGUAUAUCGCCAAAAUACUGGAUUCACCAACAGCAGCAGCAGCUGCUGCUGCUGCAACAACCGCAACAACUGCAGCUGCAGCAUCAAUCUGGAGAUGGAAGAAUAGGACUUGUACGUAAUAACUCAGAUAAUAAAUCUUACUCGAAUAUACAGAGGCUACAGACAUAUGCAAAAUUAACAUCUCCAUCAUCAUCAACAUCAGCCAAUGGAGCAGAGUAUAUCUCUAUACAACCUUCUCAGGGAUUUGGACAUCUUUCUGGCACGCCGUACUCAGUACCGAAUACAAUUCCCAACUCGCCAAAUUUGGAUCCAACGUCAUUGGGUGGAUCACCAUCGAGGUUCUGGCUAAAUUCACAAACUCCCCCUUCAAUGGAUGGUCAAGCGAAAAGACACAUAUUUCUGAUGCAAAUGGUGAAUAGAAGGGAAAGUAUUGAGCAACGAUUGAACCAAGAAGCAAGAGAUCAAGAUGAAAGGGAAGACGGAGAAGAUAUAAACGGAAAUCGUGGUAAUAGUGGGAAUGGCGGAAGUGACUCACCGAUUCUCAAUCCUGUUCAAACACCACUUGAAGACCCGCCGAUGACCCCUUUGCUCUUGAGUAAUCAAAGAAACGACUACUUUGGAAACAGUUGUUCGAAGGGGUCAGGUAAAUCAAAAGAAUGCGAAAUUGAAGAGAUCAAAGAGGUCAAAGAAAGUGAAAAUGAUGAAGAGAACGAAAAAGAUGACCAAAAUAGGGAGAAUAGGAUGAGAGUCGAAAGUGAGAAUGAGAAUGAGAAUGAGAAUAAAGUUACAGUUCACGGAACAAGUAGGAGCUAUACAUACAGGGACGAUGAUUAUUUGAGGAUGGAUUGGCAAUAG